AUAUUGUGUUAAUAAUUGUUAGCAUUGUUGUUAUCCUUAAUAUGUUUUUAUGUAUAUUCAUGAUAAUCAGAAAUAUUCUUCAAGAUAAUAGUUUAAAUUGUUGCCGGUGUUGUCAUUUAUGUUGAUGGCUGAGAAGAAGAAAGAAGGGGAACCCGAAGGGGAAGAGGAAUUUUCUGUGGAAAAGGUAUUAGAUCGACGUGUGAGAAACGGAAAGGUGGAAUACUUUUUAAAAUGGAAAGGCUACAGUGAUGAGGAUAAUACUUGGGAGCCCGAAGAAAAUCUUGACUGUCCUGAUCUUAUUCAAGCCUUUGAAGAAGCUAGAAAGAAAAAAGAAGCAGAGGGUAAAAUUAGUAAAACAGACAAGGAUUCAAAAAAAAGAAAAUCUGCUGCAGCAACACCUGAUCUUAAAGGAGCCAAAAAAAGCAAAAGCGAUGACAAGAAAGCUUCUGGAUUUGAUCGUGGCUUGGAACCAGAAAAAAUUAUAGGAGCAACAGAUAGUAGUGGAGAGCUGAUGUUCCUCAUGAAAUGGCAGGGCACGGAUGAGGCUGACCUGGUACCGGCGAAACAAGCAAAUGUACGAUGUCCACAGGUUGUUAUACAGUUCUAUGAGGAAAGGUUAACAUGGCACACACCAGCAGCAGAUGAGGGCACUGCUGAUGAAUAGGUAUAUCAUUCCAUGGAGAAAAGAUAAUAACGCAAGAUACAUUAGUUAAAUACUAGCAAUUAAAUAGUUUUUAAAGCAACUUAUGGGAGAGUUAUAACAUUUUUAAGCAAUUAAGUAGCUAACAAUAUUCAGUUUGUAUGUUGUAUUAUUAUAAAAAAAACUUUUUUAUCUCAAUCAGUGACAAUAGCAUUUUAAUAUAAUACGUAAAUUUCUGGUGUUAUGAUGGAUAAUAUUCUUGAAAGAAUGGUGGACAACUGAUAAUUAAUUGAUAUAUUACUAUUAGAGCUGGAUCUAAUUAUAUUUCAUUUUAAAUAUAAUAUGUGCAAGUGACCACAACUUUUUUUUUUAUAUCAUUAAACAAUUUUAUAACAAUAUUUUACACCAAGAAAUAUCUACUACAGUCUUUCAGUUUCUUUAAGGAAUAUUGUGGUGUCAGAAGUAAAUUAGUUACUAAUUGUAAUUCAAUUACUUGUUACAUUUUAAGCACUGAUAGAGUUGUAAAGAUUUCUUAGAGCUUGUUAUAAUAUGAAACUUGUGUUAGAUAUAAUAUUGGAAAUAAUUUUUUGUUACAAUACAUAAUUAGGUAUUGUUUUAUAUAAUGAGCUCUUUGAAAUUCGUAGUUGAUAUAUAAAAAAAAAGUAUUGAGCAACAAUCAUCAGGAUAAGGUGUGCUUGAUGCUGGUAUGAAUGCUAAAAAAAAGGUAAUAAUAUAAUUGAUAAGUAAGAUAUUCGAUGUAAAUGUCUCGAUUUAAGUGUAAAAACAAUAAAAAAUGUUUGC